AGUGGGCAUUUACCGCACGGACUCGACGGUGCGUUGCCUGGCAACGGGACGCGGGUCCGCCGACGAUGGCGCGGUGAUGUUCGGCGAGUGGAACCCCACGAUGCACCUGACGGCCGGCUCGGGGACGGCGCCGGGGGCGGCGGCCUCGCCGGAGGGCACGAGCGUCAUCAACGACACCUACACGAAGAUGACGUCCGACAUCCUGGCGGAGAGGACGCUGAACGACUUCCUCUCGGAGCACCCGGGGGAGCUCAUCCGGACGGGGAGUCCGCUGUUCGUGUGCACGGUGUUGCCGCCGCAUUGGCGCUCCAACAAGACGCUGCCGGUGGCGUUCAAGGUGGUGGCGCUGGGGGACGUCGGGGACGGCACGGUGGUGACGGUGCGGGCGGGCAACGACGAGAACUACUGUGCGGAGCUGAGGAACUCGACGGCGGUCAUGAAGAACCAGGUGGCCAAGUUCAACGAUUUGAGGUUCGUCGGAAGGAGCGGAAGAGGGAAGAGCUUCACGCUCACGAUCAUGGUCUCGACGAGCCCGCCGCAGGUGGCCACCUACAACAAGGCGAUCAAGGUCACGGUGGACGGGCCCAGGGAGCCGAGGUCGAAAACAAUGCUUUCUCUUUUAGGGCAGCAGCAGCAAUUUCAUUUCGCUUUCGGCCAGCGGCCCUUUCCUUUCGCCGCAUCGGACCCUUUGUCGGGCUUCAGGAUGCCGCCAAUCGGAAACUGCAACAAUAUGCCGCAAUUCGGGCUGAGCAGUACGAACUCGCACUGGGGCUACGGAGCGGCAGGGGCGUACUCACCCUAUUUCACCCCCAGCACGCUGGGAUCCUGUGCGGCGCCCACGGCGUCGCAGUUCAACACUCCGGCCCUGGGCUUCUCGGGGGCCACGCCGGACCAGUCGUCGACGCAAGACGCGUUCGGUUCAACGUCCAAUGUCAGCUCAUUGCUCCCCGACGCCUCCGCCAGCGAGCUCGACCAUCACCUCGGCCUCGUCUCCUCCCAGCCGCACGCUAACCACUCCCAGUCCGCCGGCUCCUCCCUCCUCGUGCCGCGCUACUCCUCCAACCACGCCGACUUCCCCCUCUCCGGGCCGCGCUCGCUCUCCGACAACUCGAGCGCCGCCGAGAGCCCCGUCCAGGACGAGCUGCUCUCCCAGAGCGCGCUCGGCGCCAACCACAACACCGCCAACUUCCCCCUCCACCAGAACGUGACGUCGGCGUCGUACUCGGCGGGCAACUGCAACAACUCCCUCUACCCCGUCCUGCCCGCCAGCCUGCUCUACUCGCAGCUCUACUCGGCGGCCAACCAGAGCCACAACUUCCACUCGCUGCACUCGCACUCGGCUCAGAGCCACAACGACCUCCAGAGCGUGAUGGAUCAGCUGAGCACGACGAACCAGCGCCAGAUGAACGGCAGCACGGAUUUGCUCCUGAGCAACAACGGCACGUGCGCGGCGGCGGCGGCGCGCCAGGAGGACGGGCGCCUGACGACGAACGGGGGGCAGAGGGGGCCGGGACAGAGCGGCGACGCGGUGGUGUGGCGGCCGUACUAGUGAUGUGAUUGGUGCAAUAGUGACGGGGCGGGGCGAGGCGCGGGUGGGAGGAGUUUACGUCUACGUGCAUAUAUUCUGAGGGAAAAAUUGAUAGGGUUGCGUUUAAAUAGAAAAAUAUACACACAGUUUUGGUUUUUUUGAAUCUUAAGUGAGAAUUGACACUUUCAUACAUACUAGUUUAACGAUUUAAACGCAAUCCGUUCUCUAGUAACGAACUCACAAAAGCUAGUCAUAUUUCAGUCUUGCCAGUGUACAAAUUACCUAUAAAAUCAAAUUUAUGGCCGGGAAUUUAAGAGUUGCCCUUUACCUGAAUUGGCCGUCGGCCGCCCCUGUGCAAUUAACGAUGUGCAAUCGAUAAGUCUAGGCUAAGACCCUGUUGUAUAUCUCCCAGUGUAUAAGUUAGGACAUGUCAUGUACAGAGAAAGCCACAUGUUUGCUCGACUGACGUCGACUAAUCGUGGCCGUUAUAGCUUUAAGCCUGUACAAUAUGCUUAGUCCCUGUGUAAAAAGCGAGUUAAUAAAGCCAGCAUUAUAAUACCUGUUACGUAACAAUUUCUGUUGGGAAAUGUAAAAUAAACAACGAUAAAUAAAUAUA